AUGCGUGUCAACAGCCUGGUUGCAACAGCCGGCUGUCUAGCCUCAGCGGUUGCUGGGGUUGCCGUCAACCCUCUUCCCGCACCCCGGUCGAUCACCUGGGGCAGCUCAGGUCCCAUCUCAUUGCCGUGGGAUGUCGAGGUCAGGCUCCCCAGAAACACGAUUAUCAAGGAUGCCUGGAAUCGCGCCUGGACGAACAUCAACCAGUUGAAAUGGGUUCCCCGGGCCACCGAGGCCCCCAUUUCUUCCUACGAACCCUUUCCGACCGCCUCGCCUUCUGCAGCCGUCGCUAUCAGGAGCCAAAAGCGCCACCAACACUCAACCCUCAGAACUGUGACUGUCUCUGUUACAAAUCUCGAGGCCGAUCUACAAGCCGAUGUUGACGAGUCGUAUACAUUGGUCCUCGACUCGGAAUCGUCCACCCUCGCAAUCACCGCCAACACAACAUGGGGUUGCCUGCACGCAUUCACGACUCUGCAGCAAAUCGUGAUUUACCAAAACAAUCAAUUGAUUAUUGAGCAGCCCGUUCACAUUGAAGAUUCGCCGCUGUACUCGUGGCGCGGUAUCAUGAUUGAUACGGGACGGAACUUUAUUACUCUUCCUAAGAUCAAGGAACAGAUUGAUGGCAUGGCGUUCUCGAAACUCAAUAUUUUGCAUUGGCAUUUGGAUGAUUCGCAAUCGUGGCCGGUGCAAAUGAGCACGUACCCUCAGAUGACGAAGGAUGCUUAUUCGCCCUCUGAGACGUACUCGCAUGAGAAUAUUAAGGAUAUUAUUGCAUAUGCUCGUGCGCGCGCCGUGCGUGUUAUGCCUGAGGUCGAUAUGCCGGGCCACUCGGCUGCGGGAUGGAAGCAGGUUGAUGCCAGCAUUGUCGCGUGUGCUAAUUCUUGGUGGUCGAAUGAUAACUGGCCUUACCACACUGCCGUGGAGCCAACCCCUGGUCAACUCGACCCCUUGAAUAACAAGACCUACGGUGUUGUGGAGAAGGUGUACGACGAGCUUUCCAGCCUCUUCACGGACAACUUCUUCCACGUCGGCGGCGAUGAAUUGCAAAUUGGUUGCUACAACUUCAGCACAUACGUGAUGGACUACCUUGCUGCAGACCCCAGCCGCACCUUCAACGAUGUCACGCAGUACUGGGUUGAUCAUGCAUUCCCUAUUUUCAAGAAUAUCAAAGACCGUAAAUUGGUUAUUUGGGAAGAUCUUAUCAUCAACGAUCCCCACGCACCCAACGUGUCAACGGACGGAUUACUAGUCCAAUCCUGGAACAACGGUCUCACCAACAUCCGCAACCUGACCGCUUUGGGAUACGACGUCCUCGUCUCUUCUUCAGACUUUAUGUACCUUGACUGCGGCUACGGAGGCUUCGUCACCAACGAUCCCCGGUACAACGUAAUGGUCAACCCCAAUGCCGUCGACGGCACCCCAAACUUCAACUGGGGCGGUAACGGCGGUAGUUGGUGCGCACCUUACAAGACCUGGCAACGCAUCUACGACUACGACUUCACCGACGGUCUGACCGAAACUCAAGCCGCGCACGUCAAGGGCGCUGUUGCGCCGUUGUGGUCAGAGCAGGUCGACGACGUCGUUAUUUCGGGCAAGAUGUGGCCUCGUGCUGCUGCAUUGGCCGAGUUGGUGUGGUCUGGUAACAAGGACCCCAAGACUGGACAGAAGAGGACGACGUUUAUGACGCAGCGUAUUCUCAACUUCAGAGAGUUCUUGGUUGCGAAUGGUGUGCAGGCUGCACCGUUGGUGCCCAAGUAUUGCUUGCAACAUCCUCAUUCUUGCGAUUUGUAUUAUGACCAGACUGUGAUUAGGUGA